UGUGCAUUAAAAUCUAUCAAAGAGUUGGCCCGGUUUUCUAUUUGUGUUUUGGGGUCAACGUCUUAUAGGUUUUUGUAGGGGUUAUCCACGCCACCUGUCAUCAUGAUAGGGUAUUAGUCCCAAGCCUAUCUGGCCAUGUCAAUACUGCUAUCUCAUUCAUGUCAAAAUGUUAACCGACUGGUAGGAUAGACCAUUACAGGUUUCUUGCGAGAGUAGUGGGCUCCACCAUUCUGAGCUAUUUUGAGGGUUGAACUGCCAGAAUUCUGGCCUUGGUUCUUGAGGUAUAAUGCGAUUCGAAGACAUCAUUCCCCAUCUCGGGGAGUUUGGGAAAUUUCAAAAAUUACAACUUGUCCUGCUCUCGUUGCCCGUUUGGGUGACGGGAAUGCAUGCGCUGGCAAUGACCUUCAUAGCUGCUAAUCAAGAGUUCAGGUGUUUUGUGCCUGGUUGGGAUGACAACCCAUUAAGGGGAAAUGAAACUUUAAACUACUCCUUGAUAUUUCCUACUGGUGAAGAUGGGCAGUAUGACCGCUGUAAUAUGUAUGCUGUCAACGUGACCAGAGGGGUGUGGUAUACAAUACCAGACAAUACCACUGCCACAGUGCAGUGUAACCAAUGGGUCUAUGACACGUCACGGUACAAGACAUCCGUCGUUUCACAGUUUAACCUGGUGUGCAACCGCAAGUACAUGAGUAACGUGGCCCAGUCUCUGUAUAUGGCGGGUAUGCUUGUGGGUGCUAUAGUGUUCGGUAAUUUGUCAGACAAAUUUGGCAGAAAACGUUUAAUGUUCAUCAGUCAGAUUAUUCAAGUAGUGAGCGGAUGUCUACUGGCAGCUGCACCAGAGUACGUUACUUUCACCAUCCUGCGCUUCAUACUUGGUGCCGCACACUCGGGGGUCUUCUUGCCUGCUUUUGUUAUCGUUAUGGAGUUCAUUGGAGCAAAAAGCGGUCGGACAAUCACUGGAAUAUCCUUCAAUGCCUUCUUUGCCGUGGGUUUUUGCACUCUUUCCUUUGCAGCAUAUUUCAUUCGCUAUUGGACUUGGUUACAACUUGCAAUUUCGUUGCCAAGCAUUUUCUUCCUGAUUUAUUUUUGGGACAAGGUCAUUCCUGGCUCGGCAAGAUGGUUUUUGCAAAAUAAGAAGGAAGAACGUUCAAAGAGCAUCAUCAAAAAGGCGGCAAAAAUGAACGGAAACCCAAUCCCACAGAAAAUAAUAGACGAGCUAAAACCUGACGUUAAGCACAAGUCACACGUAUUUAAAAUGAUGAAUUAUCCACGGAUGAGGAAUAGAGGUUUCAUAAUAUAUUAUAAUUGGUUCACCGUGAGUCUUGUAUUCUAUGGUCUAUCCCUAAGCACUUCAGAACUUCCAGGAGACAACGAUUUCUUGAANAAAGUGAAAGAAUCGAUAUACAGUAGUAAAAAAAUUAUGGAGUUCAUUGGAGCAAAAAGCGGUCGGACAAUCACUGGAAUAUCCUUCAAUGCCUUCUUUGCCGUGGGUUUUUGCACUCUUUCCUUUGCAGCAUAUUUCAUUCGCUAUUGGACUUGGUUACAACUUGCAAUUUCGUUGCCAAGCAUUUUCUUCCUGAUUUAUUUUUGGGACAAGGUCAUUCCUGGCUCGGCAAGAUGGUUUUUGCAAAAUAAGAAGGAAGAACGUUCAAAGAGCAUCAUCAAAAAGGCGGCAAAAAUGAACGGAAACCCAAUCCCACAGAAAAUAAUAGACGAGCUAAAACCUGACGUUAAGCACAAGUCACACGUAUUUAAAAUGAUGAAUUAUCCACGGAUGAGGAAUAGAGGUUUCAUAAUAUAUUAUAAUUGGUUCACCGUGAGUCUUGUAUUCUAUGGUCUAUCCCUAAGCACUUCAGAACUUCCAGGAGACAACGAUUUCUUGAAUCUGUCUCUGUCUGGAUUGGUAGAAUUUCCUGGAUUUCUUUUCUGCAUUCUAUUGAUGGACCGGUUAGGACGGCGUGCUUGCCUAUGCAUGAGCAUGAUCUUCUGCGGGGUGCCUUGUAUAGUGGCUGCCGUUAUACCCAAGGAAGCAGGUUUAGAUUGGUUAGUCAUUACGCUGUCCAUGAUUGGUAAAGCCUUCUCUGGCGCAUCCUUCGUCCUUGUGUACAACUACUCCGCUGAGGCAUUCCCGACUGUGAUAAGGAAUGGAGUGGUUGGAGUUAGUUCCAUGUUUGCCCGUGUCGGAGGAAUUCUUGCUCCUCUAGUCAAUUUAUUGGGUUCGUACACCUCCAAGCAAGUCCCGCCAAUCGUUUUUGGGGUCUGCGCCUUAGUUGCCGGCCUUUUGGCCUUGUUGCUUCCAGAAACACUUGGCGUGCCAAUGCCGGAAACCCUAGCACAAGGUGAAGCUUUUGGCACACCCGAAUAUUACAGCGUUUCCGGCGAAAAAGGUAACGGCUCAGCAAAGCAGCUGGAGAAUGACAAGGACAAGAUGGGGGAGACCAAUGGAUACGAAAGCGUAGCGCUGAAGGAAAGCGAAGAUCAUGACUCCCCGUCCUCUGAUGAUGAUCAAGCGCACGACAACGUAUGA